AGUUAUUUUAUGAAUCUUCAACAAGCAACAUCAAAACAGUGGAUUGAAAGAAUGUAUAUGAGACAAUCUUCCAAUCCAUUUGCAGAAGGCAACUAUGAAACAGUAUUCGCAGAGUCGAUUCAGCAUCCAGAGAGAUUUUGGGCGAAAGUUGGACAACUCGUAACAUGGUCGAAACCCUGGAAAAGGGUAUUGGAUAAUACGUAUGAGCCUUUCACAAAAUGGUUUGUAGGUGGCGAACUGAAUGCUUGCUAUAAUGCAGUAGACCGACAUAUUGAAGCAGGAAAGGGGGCAAAGGUCGCCUUAAUAUACGAUUCUCCCCUACUUGGAAUUGUCAGAGAAAUCACCUAUUCUGAAUUAUUCGAAAAGGUUUCAAAAUUAGCAGGACUCUUGGCAAGACUAGGAGUAAGUAGAGGCGAUAGAGUAGUCAUUUACAUGCCUCUCAUUCCAGAAACAAUUAUGGCAAUGUUAGCUGUAGCUAGAUUAGGAGCUGUUCAUUCUGUAGUAUUCGGAGGUUUUGCAGCUAGUGAAUUAUGUACAAGGAUACAACAUGCCGAGCCUAAAGUUAUAAUAGCCGCUAGUUGCGGAUUAGAACCAAGUCGUAUUGUAAAUUAUAUUGAUGAACUCAACGAAGCAAUCGAUCUGUCUACUCAUAAACCAUCGAAAUGUAUAAUUUUCCAAAGGAAGGGUGUGGAAAUUGGUGAAUUGGAUCCAGUUCGAGAUAUGGAUUGGGAAGAGUCCAUCAAAAACGCUGAAAGCGCACCCUGUAUACCAGUGGACUCUAAUGAUCUCUUGUAUAUACUCUACACUUCCGGAACAACUGGUGAGCCAAAGGGUAUCACAAGGCCGAUAGGAGGCCAUCUACCGAUGCUCAUAUACACCUUGAAAACAUUAUAUGGAAUGACGUCAGAGGACACCUGGUGGGCCACAAGUGAUUUCGGUUGGGUAGUCGGUCAUUCUUACAUGUGUUACGGUCCACUUUGUCUCGGUAUGACCACCAUCGUUUAUGAAGGAAAACCUACCACCACCCCAGAUCCCAGUUCGUACUAUAGAAUAAUCAGUGACUAUGGCGUUAACGGCAUCUUCACAGUUCCCACAGCCAUGAGAGUCCUGAAACAAGCCGAUCCCGAAGGAAAAUAUGGAACCGAAUACGACCUGUCGAGCCUGAGGCAAAUAUGGUUGGCUGGGGAACAUCUAGACCUCAACACGUAUGUGUGGACUAAAAAAAUAUUCGGAGUACCAGUCAUCAACCACUGGUGGCAAACUGAAACUGGCUCUGCCAUCACUGGGAUGUGUGCUGGGUUGAAGAACCCAUGUACAGCCACAGCACUUACAACUGGUCUACCAUUACCAGGAUAUAAUGUACGAGUUUUACGAAAAGAUGGGACAGACGCAGAUAUAAAUGAACUUGGUAGGAUAGCCAUCAAGCUGCCUCUGCCGCCAGGAGUUUUAUCAACCUUAUACAAGGCAGAUGAAAGAUUCGUGAAAACGUAUUUCACCAAACUUAAGGGCUAUUAUGACACAAUGGACGCUGGUUAUAUGGACAAAGAUGGUUUGCUUUACGUAACAGCAAGGGCUGACGACGUUAUCAACGUAGCUGGCCAUAGAUUAUCUACCUUAGCCUUGGAAAAUAUAAUUCUAUCUCAUCCGGACAUUGCGAUGGCCUGUGUUGUCUCUGUACCUGAUGAAAUCAAGAAUGAGGUCCCCUUAUGUCUUUUCGUAUUGAAAGAUGAUGCCAUCCUUAGUGAAUUCAUUGUAGCUAAAGAAUUGGUAUGCAUGGUACGAGAAAAUAUGGGCCCAGUAGCAGCAUUCAAAUUGGCCAUAUCGAUAAGAGCCCUCCCUCUCACCAGGUCAGGAAAAAUAUGUAGGAAGUCAAUUGCCGACCUCGCCAGAAACAAACUGAAAAAGAUUUCUGGAACAGUAGUUGAUCCAACUGUCUAUAAGGAUAUAGAAGAGGCUCUCAAAAAACUUGGGUUUUGUAAGUGAGAGCUAGUACAAUGUUGCACUUUUGAAAAAUAUAUAUAGUAUUACCACAGCAGCAUGAUCCAAUGAAGAUGUUUCAUCUAUAAUAUGAACCUGUUGAAUUCACACUCUCUCACACGAACUAUCUCGAAAUAUUCUCAAACCUGAAUAUGGACAAAAUUCGUGAAUUUUGGCAUAAUAUAAAAAUUGAUCUUGUAGAACUCAUCACAAAUUUUCCUCUCAUGAAUACAACACCUCUUGAACAAUGUUUCGUUUUUCCUCAUUCAGGUUCGAAUGCUUUUCAUUUCAUAUUUGAUAUAUAUUAUCAACUCCUAUAACUCAUUCGUAUUUAUACGAUUGUGAUUUUCAGUGAAUAAAUAUUUUUUGGUUAUUUAUUUUAGAUAUAAGAAAGGAAAUAUUUUCAUCUCUCAACUCAAACAACUUACAAAACAGGAUAUAAUUUUUGCAUGUGUUAUUGUUUGUUUUGAUUGGUGUACGAUCUUACAUACGAAAAAAUGCCCUGUUAGAAACUUUCGCCAUAUUGUAAACGGACUUUACAUCACCCAAAUCACCAACCUGUGAAAGGUUUUAUCACUGUUUGUAAUUAUGAUUUGACGAAUAAAAUUCUAGAAGUUG